AUGGAUAGUACUGCUUAUAAAAAAAUAAGAAUGGAUAAAACCAUAUAUAAAACCAAUCCAAAAUAUCCGGAUCCAUGUCUAGAUCCGCUUGGAGUUUCGCUUCACUUCUCUAGGGUUUCUCAAACGCAUUAUAGAAUCUCUCCACUCUUAGAUUUCCUCUAUAGGUUAAAGAAGCAUCGGAGAACUAAUUCCGUCGCCGGAAACCGAACGCCGUUGCCGGAAACAAAAAACCUGAACCGAAAAAAAAUGUCAAGCAAGAAGAAACACAAACAAAAACACAGCGACAGCGAUGAAGACGACGACGUUUUCUACUACCGCUACUGCGCUUCGUCCUCAACCCCCAACACCACCACCGGAACCACAUCCAGUAAUCAACCCCAAUCAAAACCGAACAACAAAGGAUCAUCAAUAGGAGGAACAGGUGAACCCUUAGCACCAUCAAAAUCGACGCUAUACGUUUCUAAUCUAGAUUACUCCCUAACAAACUCCGAUCUCCAUACGCUCUUCUCUACUUUCGGCCGCAUCGCGCGUGUAACCGUUCGCAAAGACCGUCACACGCGCCUAAGCCGCGGUGUCGCGUUUGUCCAAUUCGUUUCUCGUAAUGACGCCCAACGCGCCGUGGCGGAGUUGAAUAAGAAGAUUCUCAAUGGAAGGACUCUAACUGCUUCUAUUGCUGCUGAUAAUGGACGUGCUCCGGAGUUUAUUCGGAAGCGCGUGUACAAUACUGAGACUGCUUUGUAUGAGUGUGGGGGGCAUGGUCAUUUGUCGUAUGAGUGUCCUAAGAAUCAGUUGGGGCAGAGGCCGCGGCCUCAGCAUAAGAAGCCGCGACAGGGAUUUAGUGGGCUGAGGGAUAGGGAUGGGGAGGAGGAAGGUGAUGAGGAGGAGGAGGAGGGUGGUCAGAUUGCUGCGGAGAAGUUUGACGAUAAUUGGGCUUCUGUUGUGGAUGAUGAAGCGGGUGAAAGGCUGCUGGGGAGAAACAUAAAUGAUGAUGAGGGUUUGGACAACAACAAGACGAAGAAGAAAGGGAAGAAAGCUGGGUAUUUCAGUGAUGAGAGUGAUCAUGAUGAUGAUGAUUGA